UACGGAUCAAGAUUGCCAGAUCGAAGGACGCGGGUCCGCGCCGGCGGCACUUCCUUGAAUCUAGCACUCAGCUAACGGUCACCACCUGGUCUCCACAACGGAAGCCAUGUCCUCGUCAGUCGAGAAGACGUCUCACAUCCCCAUCACAGUCUUCACGGGAUUCUUAGGAGCGGGAAAAACGUCCAUCAUCCUCUCGCUGCUCCCGAAGUUGCCGAAGGACUACCGUGUCGUCUUGCUGAAGAAUGAGUUCGGCGAUGUUGAAGUCGAUAGUCAGCUUGCGAAACAAUCUAGCUUGGCGGCUGUCAGCGAGAUCCUCAACGGAUGUAUGUGCUGUGUUCUUGUGGGACAGAUGAAGACCGCACUGCUGGAGAUAAGAGAGAAGUAUCGGCCAGACAGGAUCAUCAUCGAAUGCUCAGGAUCCGCAUUCCCAGCCACCCUGGCCUUUCAGAUCCGCGAGCUCGAACGAGAGACAGAGCGCGACCUCCGUCUAGACGCGAUCGUCACCGUCAUCGACGCCGAAAACUUCACGGGAUACGAAGACACCUCGCCCACAGCCAAGAUGCAGGCAAGUUAUACAGACGUGAUCCUCAUCAACAAGUGGGAGCACAUAUCCGACCGUGCACUCGACAUUCUCAUUGACCAUCUGAACACAUUGAACGAUACGACGCCGAAAGUGCGCUGCGAGGGACGCGCGGGUGUCGACCCAGAUCUCAUUUUCGGGCUCGACUCCAAGCUCUUCCUAGCUGAGGCCGAACAUCCGAGCGAGAACCAUCACGAUGAGGUAGAGACGGCCACCAUCUACAGAGGCGCGAAGCCCCCACAUCCAGCGGGCCACCCACACACGCACGGAGACUCAUGCACCUGCUCAGCAGCAGCACCCCUCGCCGGCGCCAGCGACACGCCACCGGUAGACGAGGCGUCCGACGUGAUCAGCGAAGAGACGCUAACCGCUGCGCUUGACGGCCUCUCGAAGGAGACCAUCUGGCGCGUCAAGGGCUUCGUACGGACAGCAAAGGGAGUACACAUACUGAACUGGGCAUUUGGACGGUCCGACUUGAGUGCGUGCUCGGCCGAUGGGCUGAGAGAUGGGGGCUCUGUGCUCCUUACCGUCAUGGGCGAGAGAGGGGAGGUGAAGCGGGUUGCACGCCGAUUUGCAGAGAAGAUCGGCGCGAGUGUAGCUUGAAUAUGUAGACGUGCAAGUGCUGCGUUAUUCUCAAUGAAGUCGCAAUG